UGUUCAUACGCGCUUAUUACAACAUUGAGAAAAACACACCUGUAUAAUUUUUUUUUCGAAAUUUCACACAUCUUUAUAAUUACAACGCGAACAAAAUCUGAGAAAGGGAGCUCUGAUCAUCUCGCCUUGUGUGUCUCUGUUUCCUUUCGGCGAUUCGCAUUAGUUUCGAUUCAGAUAUAUAUUUCGAUUAAUCGGACGACCAACGAUCUCUUCAAGUCAUGUUCAAAUCGUUCUGGGGUUCACAAGAGCAACAAGCUCAGCCACCUCCUCAGGAGAUUUCUACAGGCUCAUGGUAUCCUCCAUCUGUUGUCAAUUCACCAAGUUCUUCCCGCCCCUCAACACCUGGUAGCAACUCUUCUAGCAACUUUGGUCCACAAAGGCCAACAGAUCAGCCUUCAACUCCAUCUCAUGUUUCGCCUGCGGAAGCUGCAGGCAUCAUUGCUCUAUUAAAAGACAAGAAUGUUGAUGAGUUACGAAAGCUUCUAUCUGACAAGGAUGCGUACCAGAAAUUCUUACUUUCACUUGAUCAGGUGAAAAUACAAAACAAUGUAAGAGAUGAACUUCGAAAGGAAACUCUGCAGCUUGCCAGAGGAAACUUGGAGAAAGAACCCCGCAUACUGGAGCUGAGAAAUCAGUGCAGAAUCAUCCGGACAACUGAAUUGGCUGCUGCUCAAGAGAAGUUGCAUGAUCUAGAGAAGCAAAAGCAAGAGACUUUGAAGUUCUACUCCCCAGUAUCCUUCCUCCACAGGCUUGAAGAGGCCAUGAGCAAGACAGAAGAGGAAUCUGAAGCCCUGCACCAGCAGCUUCUUGAUAGAGAGAUUGAUCUUGGGGUUUUUGUGCAGAAGUACAAGAAGCUUCGCAACACUUACCACAGACGUGCAAGUAUCCAUCUUGCUGCCAAGACAUCCUUAACAGUGUAAGUAGAACUUUGUUUGUACAUGUGUAUGCUGAGAAAGGAGACAUAAUCGCAGUUAGAACUGUGAAAUUUAUUGUUUGGCACUUGUUGCCCUCUUCCUAUUUCGGUGAGAGCUUUUUAGUUGAAGAUAUUUUUAGCAGAUGAGAGUGCCACUGUUAUGGCAAUAAAAAAACGUAUUCAUUUUGACGAUAGUCUUGUAUUUUCCAAAUUUGGUGCAAAAACCAAAGCCCAAAUUUUCUUC